CGGACGACCAGAACGGCCGUGCGGCGUCGGGUCAUCACCAAGCGCCACUACCAGCCCGAGGACCCCGAGCACUACCCCGGCUCGAACGACGGCUCCGAGGAGAUGCUGGCGGACGACACCAACGCCAUCGGGUACCCCAACUCGGUCAAAGUCACGCACAAGUGUUUCAUCCUGAUGAACGACACGGUGCACUGUGAGAGAGAGGUGUACCAGUCCUCCCGGGCCUGGAAGGACCACAAGAGCUACGUGGACCAGGAGAUUGAGGCUCUUCAGGACAAGAUGAAGAACCUCAGAGAGGUCAGGGGUCACCUGAAGAGGCGCCGGCGUGAUUGUGACUGUGGAAAGAGGAGCUUCUAUGGCAAAGGCCAGCGAAACAAGGCCCACAGAACGAAGAACAAGAAAGGUCAACUGCACCCCUUUAAGGAGGCGGCCCAGGAGGUGGACUCCAAGGCCCAGCUGUACAACGACCUGCGCAGGAAGAAGAAGGAGAGGAAGGAGAGGAAGAGGCAGAAGAAAGGAGACGACUGCAGCAUGCCCGGUCUCACCUGCUUCACGCACAACAACGACCACUGCAGCCGCCCCUUCUGGAACCUGGGAGGCUUCUGUGCGUGCACCAGCGCCAACAACAACACGUACUGGUGCAUCAGGACCAUCAACGAGACCCACAACACCCUCUUCUGUGAAUUCGCCACCGGUUUCUUGGAAUACUUUGACAUGAACAACGACCCGUACCAGCUGACCAACGCAGUGUACUCGGUGGACCGGGACGUGUUGAACUCGCUGCACGCCCAGCUGAUGGAGAUGAGGAGCUGCCAGGGCCACAAGCAGUGCAGCCCGCGGUCCAAAGGCCUGGACGCAGCACACAGCCCAUAUGGGACGGACGAGUCGGUUAAGCUGCCCAACCUGACGGACGAAGAGGUGGACCGCCAGGGACUGGAGGAUCUGUAUAGCAUCAACGAGAGCGCGUACCAGUGCAGGCCCCACUUCAGCCCCGGCCCGGACAGCUGGGACGACUUCCAGAAGGAUGUAGAUAAUAUGUUUGCACUGCGACACAUUCUGAACCAUUUCAACCAAACCCGAAAGCUUGACGACGACGACGACGACGACCACGACACCGCCGCCCCUGACCGCGAGGUGGGCUCGGGGGCCGGGGGUGGGGACCUGGGGGAGGGCAGCGGAGGAGAGGGGACGACGGCCCUCGCCAGGGACGCCUGGCUGGGAGAGGUCAGCCUCGCCACCCCCCCCGCCCCCAGCAUGCCACCUCCGCCGCCGCCACCGCCGCCGCCGCCGCCGCCGCCGCCCCCACCUACGCCCGCGAGUCCGGCGGUCCCGGAGACCAGCGCGGACCCCGUCGUGAACGAGCUUCCCGAGCGGCCCGCCGCCCGCCCCCCCUCUGCGGACCGCCCCCCCGCGGCCUCCACCGAGCUAUCGUCAUCGUCAUCAUCUUCGCCAGGCCCCGGGCGGGGGCGGGCCCCUUGGGUGCGGCAGCUGGAGGAGAUGGACGGCGAGGGAGAGGAGUUCAGUGGCAACGGCAUGACGGAGCUGGAGACCCCCCACGGCGUCCUGCUAGGCACACACCUCAGCCUGAGCACCCAGCGAGAGCAGGCCAACCGCGGCCCCGACCUGGGCCCCGACCUGGGCCCCGACCUGGACCCGGAGCUGGGCCUGGAGCUCCAGGAGGAGGACAUAUUCCUCGCCCAGGGCUACCUGCAUCGUUCCCCAAUGACGCUGGGGCCAGAGGUGGCGCCAAGCACAGCCACCACCACAAAUACCACCACCACCGCCUCCACCGCCACCGCCACCGCCACCGCCACCGCCACCGCCACCGCCACCGCCAGCGCCACCUCGGUGGGCUCUGACGCCUCCCACAGGGACGAGGUGGUAGUACAGGCGCUGUCUCUCUCCCCCCUGGACUUUGAGGGCAGCGGCUCUCUGAACCCAUCCUUCAAUCAGACGCUCUGAGGGCAGGUAGUGCUGGGCAUGGCCAGCUCUUGGGCAGGCUGGUUGCCAUAGAGACAAAGUGGGAACAGUGACUGGGGAAGACAAGCUUGUGAAGUAAACAAAAUGGCCGAUGAUGUCACCACAGUCAGAGCUGUAUUUUUGAGCAUUAAAUGUAUGGUUUAUUUUUUUACAGGUGCUUUCAUUAAUUAGCAAAACAGUGUUAUGUUGUAUUUUUAAAAAUAUAUAUUCACAAAGGAAAACGCCUUAACGCAGCUAAAUUUUAACUAUUGGAGUCGAAGAAAUUGAUUCCAGAUAGAACGCACCAUUAAUGUUUUUUAAUAUAUAUAUUUUUUAUGAAAAAACUGAUUUUUAGAAUGGUGUAACCAUUUUAGGGUCUGAGAGAGAGAAGGUCAGCCAUCUUUAGGAUCACUUCAAUCCAGAUGAGUCAUCACAACAGUAUCCAAUCACAACGCUCCAUCAACCACUCUCCGAUUGAACCAUGGUGACAUUCAUGACCCCAAAAUGCACUUUUUAAACUUUUCCAUACAGUGAGCUUUGUGGCGGUUGAAAUAAAUGUUCACACUGUGAAACAGAUCAUUACAGAUUACCAUUGACUACUUUCCAAAGCUUAAGAAGGAAAAAAAAUGAUUUAUUUUCUGCUUGAAAAAAAAAAAGUCUGAGUUAGAUUUUGUGCUGUGCUUUAUAAUUUACAUUUUCAUCAAUCAACCAUAUACAAA